UCUAAGGAUCGACCAAAAUUAUUUUCUGACGUGGCUGAAACAUCAGUUGCUCCUCAAACUAAGAAAACUAAUGAAAAGUCAAAAUUUAAAAUUACAAAUAACGACAAAACAGGAAAUAAUUUAGAAGAAAAAAAGUUAAAGAGUAAAGCAUAUGCUAAAAAUUAUUACCAGAGGAAUAAAAAGAAAAUUCAAGAACAGGUUCGAAAUUAUAAACAGAAUUCUGAAGUAUAUAAAGAAAAUACAAAAAAAUACUUACGAAAUUACUACGAAAAUAAUAAAGAAGACAUGCUAAAAUAUAUGAAAGAUUACUAUCAGAAUAAUAGAGAAAAAAGGCUUGAAAGUCUACGAAAGUACCGCCAAAAUAACAAAGAAAAAAUAAAAGAAUCUAUGCGAAAGUACCGUCUAAGAAUGAAAAACGAAAAACAAAUUGGACAAAAUGAUAGUUUGAAAUUAGAUAAUGAGGGAUGUUCUUUUGUUACUCACCAGAUUGAUGAUUUGAACAAUAAGAGUGUCGAUCUUAUUUUUAGUGAAAAGAAUGGACAGAUAAACAAUGAGGGAAAUUAUAUUGGAGAAGGAACUUCAUUUGAUAAUCAACAGAAUAGAGAUUGUGUAAAGAGCAGAUACGAAUCAACAACAUAUCCUUAUGGAGAGAGGACUUGUCAAGAAGCAGAUGUACAUUCUAUUAAACAAGUGGAUGAUCAGAACGAUUUGAUUGAUCUGAGCUUUUUAGAUGAUCCGGAUUUUUUGAAAAAUUUAACAUCUUGA